AUGUCGUUUCUUAAGGGUUGGCGUUAUACUGCAUUUAUUGGUGGAUUUGUUGGUUUACUGGGACUUACAUUAUAUCCCAUAGCAGUAAGCCCAAUGUUGGAUCCCUCUGAAUAUAAAAAAAUCCAAAAGGAGAGUAGAAAAAAUAUCAGACAAGAAGACAUACAACCAGGCAAUAUGAAGAUUUGGUCGGAUCCCUUCGGUCGUAAGAAAGCUGAUAGUGAAUGA